GCUCUACGCGUUCGGAUGUGGCUGCACGCGAAUUAUAAUUCUUCGCUUAAAGAUCGCGCUGUUAGCGUUUCAUUCUGAAAACAGAUUUGGAUCUGAGCUGGUGGUUUUUCGGUAUCGCGUGUAGCAGUUUUGCUAAUUUAUUUUUUUUGUACAAACUCUGCGAGAAGAUUGCAAAUUCGACCGUGCCUUAUUCACGCCUUCUGUUUUUCUUCGCUUUACAGAGUGUGAUUCCGAUGCUCCGCCAAGCGUUUUAGCUUGAGUUAUAAGCGUACUGAUAACAUAAGUGCGUGGAAAUUGUUUGCAAACAGACUGAUUUACCGUCCGAUGUGGGAUAUUCAGUGGAACGAAAACCGCGUGUGAGAAGCAGAUAUCCAUCAUGUUUUGAUACCCUUCAGUAAUUAAAAGUUUCUACUCAUCAACCGCGUCGUUCGAUGAAAUUGCUGGACAGUGUGGUCCAAUUGGUGCAGUUGAGUGUUUUGUGGAAAGCUAUUUGCAGUUUCAUUGUACAACCGAUGUCGGCUGUCAUUUCAAUAGUGUAAAGCUUAUCUAGUACAAUCAUACCAAAACUGUUUUGUAUAUGUUGGACGGAGUUAUUCCAAUCGUCAUACUUUGCCGACACCAGUUGUAAUAGGAUCGAUCUAAAAACCGGAAAGAGUAUACGGUGGAAAAAAUGCCAAGAAAAAUAGCGCGAGCCUGUAAAGAUGAGCUGGAGCUUCAUAAUUGUGGUAUGGGUCAUUACCCUGCCGAAGAGUUCGUCAAAUCACAGUGGCAAACCAGAACCAAAUCGACCAUGUUCCUGCUGUACAGGUUAGCGUUGGCCGUCUUUUUCACGGCGGUGGUUGUUAACUCAAUCGUGAUGGUCGUCACACCGGAGGACUGGGGCAAAUAUUUUAUCUACCUGACCCAUUGGGGUAUCAUGAUGUGUAUGGCAACAAGCGUGCUGGGGGCUGCCCUGGUGUCUCGAUGGUAUUUUCAUCCGGAGUAUUCAGAGAAAAUAUGCAACUGCGAAGAAAUGCCACGGAUCUUCAAGGUCUACUGGAUGAUGCACAACAUAACGCUGGUCGUAUCGUUUUGCAUAACAAUCAUUUACUGGGGCAUCUUACAUAAUGAGGAAAUGCCAGUGGACGCUAACAAUAUCCUGAUCCACGCAACAAACUGCGUAUUUAUGGUUAUAGAUCUAAUCAUUGUGGCCUACCCUGUGCGGCUCUGGCACGUGGUGCAACCGAUCCUCUUCGGUCUGGUUUACUGUCUGUUUUCAGUGGUCUACUAUCUGUGCGAUGGAACUGACAAAAAAGGCCGUCCCUACAUCUACAAAGUGCUCGAUUGGAGUAAACCCAGCGGAGCCAUGGUGACCGUCGUUGGGACAAUCGUGCUGGCCAUCAUCGUACAACUGCUAAUGUUCUUCACGUACAAAAUGCGCAGCUUCAUUUAUCUACGCUACUUCAACCCCAAGCCAAUUCUGCCGACCAAUUCUACGGUCAAUCUCCAGCAGGGCAAGGGUUGUGACGGUAUAUCGAUGGUGUACGGGGGCGACAAUCCUGGAUUCACCAUUCCCGAAAAGUAUUAGAACAUUCAGCAGGCAGUAGGCCUGGCUUGAGUAAUAGUGUUGUGAGAUAUUUCUUGCAAAUACAAACUACGAAUGUUCAAAUACAGAAAUCAUGAUUUUGAAUUGACAAGAGGACACAUUUGGAUUCGGGGUUAACUCUAGGAUUUGAUUUUGUGAAUUUGUUAUACAAUGAUGUACCAUAAACCAACACUAGGUACUAAGCAUCAACGAAUCGAAGAUGCACAAUUGAAAAUAGAUAGCCCAAAAAACUGCAGAAAUCUGCAUUUUAAUAGAAACCUGUAAAAAGGUUCCAAAAGUAAUGAAACUUAUGUACAUAGAAUAUGGAAGGUUAUUUGGUGAUGUGACAUUCAACAGAGCUUAUUUCCAACUAGCAGGAGGAAUACAUUAAAAAAACAACGACAAGAUGUCGUUGACAUUUUCUGAAGCGAGAUUAAUUUAUAUGAAUGUUUUAGAUAUGUAUCAUAAGAAAAGCACUACCAUAUCCUAAUGUAUACGUAAUUGUAAAAGAAUCUAAAUGUUUAAAUCAAAAAUAGCAGUAUUUUUUGCGUAAAAAGUGAAAUGUGCGAUGACAGAAAUAUGUUUCUCUCCACAUUCCUAAACAUAUAUUACGUGGAUAACUCGUAUAUAAUACGUAGGUAUGCCAGUGCAACUGUGAUUAGGGGGUUUCCGAAAUACAUAGAAACUGUAUUCAUAUUCAAAAUGUCGUCGAUUGAGUAUGUUAUAAAUAGAUUUUCAUAGAUUUAUAGGCACAUAAAAUAAAAUAAGAAAAUAA